AGAAUAAACAAUUGGAGGCAUGGGGCUCGUGGUAGGAACAGAACUAUCCUUUGUCUCUUGUAAAGCGAAGGGUUGUUGACUUUCUUGUGGUCAACGAUACCAUGGAGUCUCACUCACUUCGUUCCCAUGCCUUCCCAAGUUUUUCUGCAAUUCAAAUCGGAACAAACUCGAGAUGGGCACCCUUGAAAUCCUCGAAUUUUCUCAGUUGUUCCUCAAAGCCUCGAAAUUUAAGCAUAUUUUUGUGUCUCAGCACUCAAAGCGGUGGCUUCAGAGAAAACUCUGGUGGGGUUGGUCGCGGAGAUGCAGUGAUAAUUGUGGAUCAUGGGUCGCGUCGAGAAGAGUCCAAUCUCAUGCUUAAUGAAUUUGUGAAGAUGUUUAAAAAUAAAACUGGGUACGAGAUUGUGGAGCCUGCUCAUAUGGAGUUAGCAGAACCAUCAAUAGGGGACGCUUUCCAAUCUUGCGUUCAACAAGGUGCGAACCACAUUAUUGUCAGUCCCUUUUUCCUUGCUCCUGGAAAACAUUGGAGUCAGGAUAUUCCUUCCUUAAGUGCAGAGGCAGCGAAGGAGCACCCUAGUGUGUCAUACAUUGUAACUGCACCCCUUGGAAAUCAUGAACUACUUGUGGAUGUUGUGAAUGAUAGGAUUAAUCAUUGCUUAAAGCAUGUAGCUGGAGAAGCAGAUGAGUGUUCAGUUUGUGCUGGCACUGGAAAAUGCAGGCUCUAUAAUGUAUGAUGAGUUGAUAACUAAAUUAUUUUGGGUGCUCUUCCUUCAAUGUAGAUGAGGCUGAAAGUCAAAGGAAUCUGUAAAUUGAGUUGCAACUGUUCUGAAGCUGUGUCUUCAAUUUGUAGAUGGAUCCUUGUAGAUCAAUGUUUCCUGUUUCAGGAGCCAAAGCUGGAUUCAAUAUGGUUUCAUAACCAGAAUUGUCUCUGACACUUGAAAUUGAUUGUUCAAUAAGUGAUCAAGCUUGUUUUUCUCAACUGUGAACUAUUGCUUUCUUAACUACUAUGCCAUGCUUCCUAAAUGUAGUUUAGUUGAAUUUGUUUCAUAAAAUAAUUUGCAAUGGCACUGACAUUAUAAUUAUGGUUUAUAUACGUCAAGUUGUAACAUUAUAUGUAAUAUAUAUGCUGAUGCACUUGAACUUAGUACUCUUGUUUGGUC